AUGUCCAGUAUCAUCGACCCACGCGUGUUCGCUGCACUGCCCGUCGACAUCCAAGAGGAAGUGCGUGAAACACACACUCGUUCUGUACCCGGACGUAGUCUAGCUCUUCCUAACGAACCCAUCGACGCCCAAGGCGAUGCCUGGAGUUGUCGCGUCUGCACGUUCUUGAACCACCCACAGCUUCUUGACUGCGAAGUAUGUGGUUCUUUUUGUAUCCCUCUCGAAACGAAUACUCAGUCUCUUCAUUUGGAGUCAGAGACUCCACAACGUGAAUUCAAUAGAACAGCUGCUACUGCUGCUGCUGCUACUUCACAAAUUCCGCGCGUCCACGAGCUACACCAAGUAGCUCGUGAUAAAUUCCAAAAUGUGCGGAAAUCGUGGACACGACGACGGUCGAGUGCCAAUUUGCGUCCAGAUCCACGUCAGCUACCGGCCGCACAGGCAACUGCCGAACUUCAAGGUCUGCAGAACGAUCUGUUGCACAAAGUUGUCGCAGGGGACGCCACGUUUGACGCGUUGGUGGCGCGUCUAUGGCGAGCAGUAGAAAGGCGCGACGAGCUCGAGGUUUUUGAAAAAAGUGCCGUCAAUUGGGUCACGUUAGGGUUUCAGAACGCCAGUCCUGAGACCGACUUUCGAGGCGGUGGGAUGCUUGCACUCAAGUGUUUAGUGUAUGUGUUCGAAGCCCAUUCGAAUGAGAUGCAGGCGUUGUACCAAAAGCAGUUGCAAAAUAUGGGGCAAUCCAAAUCCGACCCUUUGAAAAAGAAGUGGUACCCCGUGUCUGUAGCUGGGAUCAACUUGACGUGUCUACUGGCUGGACUAUUGCAACUUGGCGAUGGCCAUUUUUGUGAGACGAGACAAACGUUUUGGGCGCUUUUCGAAGAGCCCGUGGCUUUUUAUGAGCUCUUUUUUGUGGCUUUUAUCAAAAUGGAUGCCAUUUGGCACCGCUUGAAUGCAAGUUAUAUGGAAUUUGGCGUGGUGCUCAAAGCUACGCAAAAGUGUGUGAAUUGUAUACUGGAUCAAGCUCCUGUUACAUUGAUGGAUCUGCGUGAAGCUAGUGACCAAGCGGUCGUGGACCGCUUUGUGGUCAGUCUGUCUGUGAACUCGCUUGCGGAUUCGGAGGGAGGUGAAUCUUCGGACCCGAAUCAUGCUCUCGAGCUGGAGGAUGCUCUUGUGAUUGCGAAGACGCGUGCCGCUAAUAAACCUGCCGCUACUACGAGACGUCAUUCGUUUUUUUGGCCCCUACACUAG